AUGCUCCGCGGAAGCCGCAAGUCACGGCGCGCCAGCUGUGGUCUGCGCAGCCAGAAGCCGUUGCGCGAAAGCCGCGCGUCACCUCGCGGCCGCUUCGUCCAGCUACGCGGCUUCCACGACGAACGCGGACAUUCAAAGCACACGCGCGGCCGCCAGUAUGUUAUUGCUGAUGCAUUGGACUGUGCCUGUGACCAUGCACAUAUUGAUCAUCUGGAUUGGUGAGUCAACUC